AAUAUAAAUUAAGACAGUCAUAAUUUGGUCGAAACUACUGUUUUGGGCAACUUUUCUAUUCCAUACACACCACUUCCUUGUUCCGGGUAAUUUCUGAAACGGGUGGGUUGAUUUCGACGGGACAUUUAUUUAAAUGUAGUCGAUUUGUACGGAAAUAUUAUACUAGGCCUUUUUAAUUUUGCUUUGACAAAGUGGCAGGCGAAGGCAGUUUUAUAUAUGUUACCACAAAAAGUACUGCAUGGAUGGUGAGUUUUGUAAUUGAUCCACAAAUAAUUCCAAGGACCAAUUUAUACGUUACAAGCAAAGAGCACAUAAUAGCUAGUAUAAUCUAUGUAUAACUAAUUCUUGCCAUUUAUGUUAUCUGUGUUUUUAAACGUCAAACAAAUAUCAAAUCGUUUUGUUUACUUUUACAUCUUAAUGUUUGUUUCAUUUAAAUUUAUUAAAAUAAAUCAAACUAAUUUGUUUAGUUGAAUGGAAAUGGAAAACCCAGAUAGUUUACUACGUACGUUUAAAUACUUACACGUUUGUCGUAUAUGUCUAGGAAAAGGACAAAACACGCUAAACCUAUUUUCUAAAACCGAAGACGCGAUAGGGAUACUAAAUAAAAUAUUGGAAUGUUUCCAAAUAAAGCUUGAGUUUAAAAAACAUUUACCCUCAUUCAUUUGCAAGAAAUGUAUGGAAGAUGUGACUAUCGCCUGGAAGUUCCGUGAAAAAUGCAUUAACUUUGAAAAACAGUUUGCUGUGUACAAUAGGAAGGUUUUAGAAACUAAUGUGACUUUAUUACACAGUAAUGAUGAACUGGAAGAAAUUGAAGUGAAAGAGGAAAUCGGACUAGACGAAGAAAAUGUAGAUUCAACAAAUCACAACAAAAUUUCAGGAACAAGCUUGAAGAGAACUGCGGAAAAUAGCUUGAAAUGUACAUACUGUAACAAAACCCUUAAAAGUAAGGCAUCAUUACAAAAGCACAAAGUUUCUAUGCAUCAAAAGAGAAAAUAUUUGGCUGUGAAGACUGUGGCAGCACAUUUGUAACAUGUUCAGAAUUAACAAACCAUAAGAAAAAGCAUAAUAUUGAAAAGAAUGUGGAAUGUCAUCUUUGUGGUUACAAAACACAUGCAAAGAAAAAC